AAUGAUAUUCUUCCACGUUGCCCGGUAGGUCAACUGGUACCCAUUCGGCAUCAGAUUGCGCAGCUCGUGGAUUUGAGCCUUCUGCAUGUGUGACGGUUGUUGUUGGAGCAACUGGUCAUCCAGCAGAAUGAAGCCCUCAUCUCCAGGCUGGGCAAUCGAGACCACUUGUGCCGCGGAAGAAGAAGGGGCACAAGUGGGGGCAUCAACAGGCUGCUUCUGUGGAGGAGUAGCCAGGCACUCAAAAGAUGAGGAAGAAGCAGAAGAGGAACCGGAGAGGGAUUUUGUUCUUUGCAAUUCCGGCCGGCUCCCUAGAUUGCCAUUACCCUUGAAUUUGUGGUCUUAUUUUGCUGGAUUGUUGGCCAAAUUGAAGCCUAAUUCUUGAGGGAUUGUGAGCGGCUAGCUUAGACCAUUGAGAUUCUUAAGUUUGUUGAUCAUUCCAAACAAAUAUUCUUGAUUUUGGCCAAGAUUGGGUUUUUGAGCACUGUUCACAGCGCGACUUGGAAUUGUAAUCCUGACCAGAUCCCGGUGGUGUUGGCGGCGAAGGAGGUGAGCUUGGUGAUGAAGGAAAUCAUCGGCAACACUCGACUGCACGGUGCCGGGCACGAUGGUAUGUCAUGAGUAAAUGCCGGUGGUGUUGGCAGCGACGGUGGCAGUUUUGGUGAUGUGAGAAGUCACUAACGAUAAUAUAUUGUAUGCGCGGGGGAUUGUGGAGGCAGUUCUUGGUGGCAGUGACUGUGGGUCGGCAGCAAUAGUGGGACGGUUGCACAUUUUUAUGCUAGAUUGUUGGUUGACAAGCAUAAAACAACCUUCCGUCA